AUGUUCGGUCGCGUUGGAGGCAAUGCGCUUCGCUGCGCUACUCGUCGCCCCAUUGCGCGCCCCAACAUCGUUGGCCGCAAGUUCUCCCAUACUGCGGCUAACGCAUCCGUUGCUCCGGCAUCGUCGCCUCUGGGGAGUAUCACGGUGGAAUUGGAUCGCAUUGCGCCCCGGUUCGAAAUUUCAGCGUCGGAGGUCUCGAUCUUGAACUCGCCGGCCCAAUUCUACUCUACUCUCAAGCACAAAAUCCGCAAUGCCCGCAGUCGCGUAUACCUCUCGACCCUUUACAUCGGCAAGACCGAAUACGAGUUGAUCGAUACCGUGGCAGAUGCUCUACGUGAUAACCCGGACCUACAAGUUUCUAUUCUUUCCGAUGCGUUACGAGGCACUCGAGAAACCCCCAACCCGUCAUGCGCAUCGUUGCUCUGCUCCUUGGUGGAGGAAUUUGGCCCCGAGAGGGUGGAUAUUCGGAUGUACCAUACACCCAAUCUGACGGGUUUGAGGAAGAAACACAUCCCUCGUCGAAUCAACGAGGGCUGGGGCCUGCAACACAUGAAGCUGUACGGCAUCGACGACGAGAUCAUUAUCUCCGGAGCCAACCUGUCGGAUGACUACUUCACGAAUCGUUUGGAUCGGUAUCAUGUGUACAGUUCGAAGGCAUUGGCCGAUUAUUACGCGCGAAUCCACCAUGGCGUCUGUAGUCUGAGCUUCCAGGUCUUGCCAGACCCCAACAAUCCCUCCGCCUAUCUCCUGGAAUGGCCCACUUCCAAUGGAGCUCCUUCACCACUAGACAGUCCCGAAGACUUCAUCGGAUACGCAUCAACUAUUCUCAGCCCCCUCAUCCAAGCUUCCGACAACGAGCCUGUUCUCCCCUCCACUUCUAGCCAAACCUUUAUAUACCCCGUCGCGCAGUUCACUCCGCUCCUCAAGCCCGACACUUCCACCGAGUUCCCGGCUGUCACCAGUAUUCUCCGCCUCCUGUCCGAAUCGUCUGCAUUCGCUGGAGCCCGCUGGCUCUUUACCGCGGGCUACUUCAACAUCCACCCCGUUCUCUCCUCACUCUUGAUCGCAAGCACAUCCACCGACUCCAAAGCGCCAUCGACUACACAAGGCACCGUUUUGACUGCCUCGCCUUGGGCCAAUGGAUUCUAUGGCUCACCAGGUAUUUCAGGCAUGCUGCCAGCAGCCUAUACGCACCUAUCGGCGCGUUUCCUUGAUCGUGUUGCCGAUGCUCAGGCAACCAACUCCAUUCAGCUGAAGGAAUGGCGCCGCGGUACAGUCGGCACACCGGAAGGAUGGACCUACCACGCCAAGGGUCUCUGGAUCACAUUGCCGAAUGAAGAGCAUCCCAGUCUCACCUUUGUUGGCAGCAGCAACUACACGAAGCGAAGCUACAGUCUUGAUAUUGAGGUUGGGGCACUAGUUGUCACCAAUGACCAAGAGCUGAAGCGCAAACUCGGCGAGGAGACAGAGGUACUCCAGAAAGAUUCCGCACCCAUCUCACGUGAGGAUUUGAUGCGCACGGAGCGUCGCGUCGGAUGGAACGUGCGGUUGGCUAUGUGGAUCGUUGAGAAAGUUGGCGGAGCUCUCUAG